UUUGUGAGCUAUCGAUGCUGAAACAGAGUCGGAAUAAAGAGAGCAGGAAGAAAUAACAGAAAUUUUGUGAGCCGUGUUUCAGAACCCAUUUGCUAAAACGGAUUUGCAGCCGUGUCCUUUGUUUAAUUUCUUCUUGCUAAAAUUGGACAGAGAUCUGCAAUGCCGACCUUCGUUUCAGAAAUCAAAGAUCAGAGAUCAGAAUUCAGAUGAGAGAAAUAAAUCGUCAGCUAUAAAGAGAACAGAAACGACUGAGUCUGCGUGCCUCUGUGGUAAAGGAGAUUGGCAAGCCGUGUUUCAGAGCCGAGUUGCAGCCAUGUUUCAGAGCUACAAGAAAGAAGCGAUUAGGGUUUUGCUCAUCAAAUUUUAGAACCAAUUUCAGAAUCGAUUUGAUGGGAGACGAACUGAGAGAAAAAUGAGAAAGGGAGGAGAAGAGAGUAUCGAAGUUAGAACAGAGCCAGAAGAAAUUAAGAAGCGGGCGGAGGAAGAUAUAAAAGGGGUUUGAAAGGGGAGGAAUACUUGGGUUUAGACCCGGACCUGAAAAAUGAAGAUCCAACCAGGGAAACGCUCAUAGCCGUUGGAUCGUGCCGAACUACGUGUCGCAAGCCCAAGGGCCCUCCGCCGGUCUCCACAGACGAUGUUUUCCCAACCUGAAACCUUCCCUUCAAGGCUUCAACCAAACACAUUGCCUUUGCAUUGUUCUCCCACCCUCUCUCUUCUUUGCAGCGACAAAAGGGACUCCUGAGCGACCUCAAAGAGGAUUAUUGACGCUUUGCGUUUGAGAUGUAUCGAUCCGUGGUGAAGCGCUUCCUUGUCGUCCCAGCAAAUCGUUGCUUUGCACUUUCUCCUAUCAUCACCAAUUCUUCUUGUUUCUCCACUGACUCCGAUACUCAACCACACACAGACCCUAUACAUUCCUCAGAACAAACAGAAACUGUAAAUUCUGCAUCUGAAACAACAGCAGCUGCUGCAUUCAGAAAUGAAGAAGCACAUUCUGCAUCUGCAUCUGCAUCUAGAAAAGAAGAACAUUCUCAGGAGAGACAGAGCUCUAGAGGGGUGCGACAACCGAGAAUUGAGUACCAAGAGGAGCAAGCACGUGUCCUUCAGGCGGCUCUUCGUCAUGUGGUCAGAUUGGGAUGGACUGGAGCAGCCAUGAUUACAGGGGCAAGGGAGCUUGGAGUCUCCCCCGCUAUUGUUGGAUCAUUCCCCAGGAAAGAAGCUGCACUUGUAGAGUUUUUCAUGGAUGAAUGCCUACAAAGACUUAUUGAUAUAAUUGACUCGGGAGAGGAAUUGUGCAACUUGAUACCCAGUGAAUGUGUCUCAAAGCUUAUUCGGAUUCGCCUAGAAAUGCAGGCUCCGUACAUAUCAAAAUGGCCUCAAGCACUAAGCAUCCAGGCACAACCAAUGAAUAUUCCAACCAGUUUUAAGCAGCGAACAAUGCUGGUUGAUGAAAUCUUGCAUGCCACUGGUGAUCAGGCCUCUGAUAUUGACUGGUAUUUGAAGCGUACGGUCAUUGGAGGAAUAUAUUCAACGUCUGAGGUGUACAUGCUGACUGAUAACUCACCAGAUUUUCUAGACACAUGGCAUUUCUUGGACAGUCGAGUCAAAGAUGCUUUUGAUAUUGGAAAGUCUGUCCAAGAGGCAAAGUAUUUGGCAGAAACUGUUGGAGCAGGAAUGGGGAACCCAUUACAGGACAUAAUGAAGAGAGUUUUUCAGCGGUAGACAUUGAAGGGCAGGUCCAUUCAAGAUUACUUUUACAGCACUGAUCCUCAACUGAUUAUGUUGGGUUUUCAGAAGAUAAAAGCAAGAAUUAUAUUCAAUCUAGAUCUAAAUGUAUCUGCAAGAUCUAAAUUAAAAUAAAAAUCUGUAGAAUCUUAUUUCUCAUUUUUCUUUUUCUUGGGUAUGUGGUUCACAAUUGGACCUUUUAGUGGAGACUAUAAGGUCUUGAACGAGUUGAGCUUAUUGGCAAUCCAAAAUUAGAAACGAUAGAUAAAUCCUCAA